UUCCAUAGGCUUUAUAUAGGAUAUUGCUAGCAUGCUUAGGAGUACAAGACAGUAACAUUUCUAGUCAUGUCUAGCUCACUGUUCAGGUACAAACAGAUUUGGAUUUUAUUAGUAUUGUUCAUCUUGACUGUUAGUCUAGUCUGGUACAGUAGAUCUAGUUUUCAGAAAGAAAAACACAUCGUUCAGUUUGAUUCGGCAAUGGAUCGGAAAGACCUGACAAAAAGUUCAACAGAAGUGGAAGUCGAAAAAACUACAGGUUUAUACGAUGGACCCGUCACUGAAUCUAUUGAAAAGCCGUCUAAGAACACACCACCAAUGGUAGAUUUUGUUGUUCGCUCAGCGUACAUCGACACACGAGCAAGGGAUGGUUACAAAAACUCUACAGUGAUAUUUGCUGAGGUCUCUAAUGAUGUACGUAAGUUUGGGCUAUUUGUAGGCUGUGGUGUGGACACUAUUGAUGCCAAGAAAUACAAAGUUGAAUCUCUUUACUUCAACUGGAUUUGGAAGAACAAGGGAUAUCUGACACAUGAGGAAAUAAUGAUAACUUGCUAUGAUCUUGAAGCUCAUAAAGAUAGCAUGGCUUUCGUUACUUAUCAUCCAGCUCCAAACUCAACUAAAAUAUCUACAAGCACUGUUAAAAUUACAUACUCGCCAAAAAGAAACGACAGUAAAAACAAAACGGUUGCAUGUACACUAGCCUUUGGUAAACCACUGUGGCUGAAAGAGUGGCUAUUGUAUCAAAAAACGAUUGGAGUUGAUCUGGUCCAAAUGUAUGUUGAUGACACGUUCAUGAAUGUCACUGAAAAUCCAACAAUUAUCAAAGGCUUUGUUGAAGAAGGUUUCCUUCGAGUGGAUUACCGCAAAACUUAUUUCAACGAGAGACAGAUUAACUAUGGUUCUCAACUUCUAAGCAACCACGACUGCUUGUAUCGUUACCAGGGAGUAUAUGAAUAUACACUUUUUUUUGAUCUUGAUGACUUUUUUAUUCCCCGUUUGCCAAACGAGACUUCUAUUCUUUACUAUUUGAACCGAUUCUUACCAAAAAAUAAUCAAGCAAUGGUUCAAUUUCAUUGGUACAGUCUAUUUCCAGAAUGUGGCCUAACUCAACCGAAAGAAAGUUCUAAAGAUGGCAAUGUAACACAGUUACUCAAAGUCAAAGGAUACUGGGACACCAAGAAUACAAAAUUUGCUUGUAGGCCACAUUUGACAACUCACCUUACGAUUCACGCCAUUCGUGACCAUAUCAAAGGUGCGAUAGUAGCACCUUUGCCUGAUAGCAAUAUUGCUUACGUGGGACAUUUUAGAAUAGGCAUGUACAUUGCACCAGGUUUUCCCAAAAGUAUUACGUGUGACACACUGCACACGAUAACUACAAAAUUUAGCUUUAGCUAGCACAAUAACGUCAUGUGUUAUGAUUAUUCAUUAGCUUUGUGACUAAUUUUGAGCAA